UUUGGGAAUCCCUGUUAGGGACAUGAAUAAGGCCAUAAAAAAUUUGCUGGGUCUUGGACAUGAGAACAAGCAUAGAUUGCCCAAGAAGCUUUAAUGACCUAGGGAAAUUUGUUACACAGAACGAAAAUUCUAGGGUGAGACACAUUUUGGACCAAAAAAAUUGAUGUUCAUUUGUCCUGAUGUACAGUGAAGAGUAAACGGAACUAUCCCUGACACAGAGGAUGUUGUAUUGAUCUGAUACAAAUGCCACAGGGCUGGCUUUCUCAUCAUGGAUGUGACUUUCAUAUAUGUUACACCAACCAGGCAGAAACAAACUCUAGUGGUGUAUAGUGUUGCACUUGUCAGUUGUAGUUGUCCUAAUUUGGUCAAACAAGUUUGAGCUUCAUUGUUUUCAUUCAAUUUCUAGAAAAAUAAAUUAAUCAAUAAAAGAAGCUAGAACUGAGUUUCCUAUGCCCAAAAGACUGUGGUAUAAGUAUAACCUUGUAUUGUUCACUGCUUGUCACUUUGGCAAUAGACAAAGGCAUUGGCACCUACCUUCGACCCCCACCCUAACUCCCAAAGGACAAACUAAAGAGAAAAAUAGUAUAAUUCAAGAAUGGUUUCAAGGAGAUUACCAUGUGCACUGAUGUACUAAUGAUUCCAAUAAGUUCAUGUGUCAUAUUCAAGGCUAUUUUGUUUCUAGCUUAGGCCAGUUAAGCAACACUUUUGAAUUACAUGAGUGUUGUAUAGGUCCAUUCAACAGAAAAAAAAAAAAAAAAAGAAAGAAAGAAAGAAAAUUGAGAGAGAGGGAAUCAAACCUGUAUAGAAGGUGAAGUUGCAUCAGCCUGUUAAAGAAAUAAAUUUGUGUAGGUAGAUGUCAAAGGAAAACAAAAUCACCAAAUAUUGAGAUUGUAUUGAUAGCAUGUAAUUCAAUUUAAAUGAUUUAAAAAGUUUGACCAUGGAUAAUUAGGAAAGAAAUCUGAAGCCCAUUAUGACAUGAAGUGCAAUAUGAGAAAGAAAGGGAAAAUCAGUGCAAGUAAUAGCAUUUAAUACUGACAAAUCAUCCUAAGGCUGAUUAGUACAAUUACAUAAGAAUUAUAACAAUUGUUUGUAACAUCAUCCUGAUUACUGCAAUCACAGUGAAUUACAAGCAUUGCUUGUACCUUAUAAUACUUGAUUACUGGAAUGACAGAAGACUACAUAAUUCCAUGUACUGUCCAAACCGGGUUACUAUAACGCAUAAGAAUUUGAGCAACUCCAUACACUGCCCAAUACCCGCACAUUAAUUGAUUUUUGUGAUCCCUGAUGGCAAAAUCUCCCCCCCCUGGAUUUCACUUGCCAAAUUCAACAGGUUUGAAUUUGAACAACUAUUUCAAGUUUCUCUCUCUUAAUCAAUGACAUUCUUCCAAAGCAACGCAACAACUUUCUUUCGCCAGAGCAAUGCCACCAAACUGCCUACUCAUGAUAUUAAUUUUCUUUUCAAAAUAUUGAAAGCAUACAAGGUCUCGUGUGAGGGGCCACUGCAUGUCUUCCAUCUUGCACAAAAUCCGCGUUUUGACUUUGUUACCUGUCCCACAUAAAACAACCCCUUGGCAUAUUUUCUGCAGUUUGUUUUACAAAGUUCUCUAAGAAAUUAACAUUCUGUUCAAAAGCUUGAAUUUUAGGCUUCUUCAAGAAAAUGGCUGCUUCAAGCUCGCAGGAGAGAACCGGAAUUCCUUUUAGUGAUUUAGAUCCAUCUGUGGUGGAGUGGUUGAAGAAAGAACUUAUCGAAGGGGGGAAUGGGCUUCUGAAACCCUGUGGUUCUACAGAGGAGCUUCUGAGUAAACUUGAUGAAUUUGAGGAUCUUUUAUCACAUAUGGUUCAAAAUUUUAAGAACCUGGUGGAAGUGGAGCUUCAACCAGCAAAAGAAGCACUAAUUGCCGGUGAACUUAUGAGGCAUGCUGAAAUGGAUGUUAGAGUUUCAGCAGCCUCUUGUAUUAGUGAGAUUAUAAGAAUAACAGCACCUGAUGAACCAUAUGCGGAAGACCAAAUGAAGGAAUUCUUUCAGCUAGCUAAUAGUGCUUUCGAGAAAUUGGCUUGCAUGUCUGGCCGAGCCUAUUCAAAAGCUGUAUCAAUCCUUCAAACUAUUUCAUAUAGCCGGUCAUGUGUUGUGAUGCUGGAUCUUGAGUUGUAUGACAUUGUUCAACAAAUGUUUCAUCUGUUCCUAGAUGGCAUAAGAGCCAGCCACUCUGAUGUCAUAUUCUCAAACAUGGAGAAUAUCAUGACGGUGGUCAUUCGUAGCAGUGGGGACUCUGAUGAAUUGUCAUUGGAGCUAGUUAAAAUCCUUCUGGCUAGGUUAAAGAAGGAAAAUCAUAAUGUUUCUCCAGUUGCCAUGCAGUUGGCAGAAAAAACAUUUAGGAACUGCUCUGAUGACAUUAAAACAUAUCUUCCUGAAGCCGUGCAAUGUUUGGGGAAUCCUGUUGAGGAUUAUGCUGAAGUAGUUGCAUCAUUAUUCCAGGAGGCGACCCAAAGGGAAAACAUGGGCUCUGAAGAUAUUGGAAUAGACGCAUCAUGUCAUGAGGAAGCUGGUAUAGCCGUAGAAGGUGGUUUGUCUAAUUCAGCAGAGGAUAAUAAAACUGAAAAUUUGACAGUUGAUGAGAAUUUGAAUGAAAAUCGACAGACAACAGCACAUGUUUGUGCCGAACCUGAACAUUUAGGCAGCCCAAAACAAAUACAACAAGAACCGGAAUCAGACAACGUUCCUAUUCCCGAGAAAAGGAGUCGAAAACCAAACUCUUUAAUAAAACCAGAGGAGGGAUAUGAUCCUUUUUGGAUGUUCUGCAAAUGGACGUCAGUGGAGGGUUCUCAUUGCAGGAGACACAGGAGGAAAAGACAGCGCCAUCCACUAAAAACUAUGAUCUCCAAGGAGUCAAAUUUGUCAUCCAGCCCUGAUGGGGAACAGUCAAGUGGCCCCAUUUCUGGAAAGGCUAAUACGAUCAAGAAACAGUCUGAAAAAGGAUCUCUAGCCAAGAUACCUCCUGAAGAAAAAAGUAGAGGAGUGACCGUGGUUUCGGAGGAUGUAACAAGAGAUAUCAUUGUGAAGACACCAACGUCCUCAUCUAGUCCUAUAUCAUCAAAAGGGGAAGCUCUACCUCGGAAAGUAUCUAACUCACAACACAAGAAGAGGAAGAGUACUGCAGCUAAGAAAGAGGCUUCCAAGGUGAAGGAUGUGAGCAGAUGUUUAGGUGAAGAGCUGGUUGGCUGCAAGCUAGAGGUUUGGUGGCCAUUGGAUGGGGUGUUCUAUGAAGGAAAAGUGACAUCUUUUGACCAUUUGAAUAAAAUGCAUCGGGUUGACUAUACUGAUGGUCAACAUGAAAUCUUAGACCUCACAAAGGAAUGCUGGCAGCUGCUACGCGACGACAAUUUGUCCGGUCAUGAGGAGAAGAUUGUUGCAGCUCCUAGCGCCUCAACAGAGACACCUUGGUCAAACUUUGCUUCUUUACGUUUAAAUGAUCGUGGAAAAAAGUUGUCUCAUCGUUCAAAAAGGAAAAAGAAGGUUGCUGGUGGAUCUAACCGGAUGAAUCCCUGCUAAAUCAAAUUUGAUAUUUACUGAUGUUCAGGUUGCUGGUGAAUCUCUUUUCAGGUCGAAUUGAUAUUUACCGACGUUUGGUGUAGAACAUCGUAUCAUAAUCUCAAAUUAGUUAUGUGCUUUGUGAAGAAUGAAUCUCUUAACCUUGAACGCUUUGAAUAGUUUUACUUUGAGACAUGACGUGAAAUUAUUAACUAGAA